UGAAGUACAUUGUGAAUCAACGAAUCAUACGUUGGUAAAUAAAACGAGCCAUUAAGACUAAAACAUUUGGGCUUAAAUUCUCUAAUACAUAUAGGCCCACAUAUCAAACUAACAAUAUUACCAGAUAUGGCCCUUACUUGUUUCUAAAUUAACAACAUUGCCACCACUUCUUUUGAACAAGAAGCCGCAAAGUGGAAGAGUUAACGGCAGUCGAGCAUUCCGUUAUCUGCUUCAAUGAAAUUCGGAAGCUACCGAAUCUUAGUAUUAGCCGUCGUUACCUCAAUUCAGCUGCCCCUUUUCGUCAUUUCAUCUCGAUUAAUCCCGGAUCCACCCGACCCGCAAUGCAGCAGCCCCGACCCGGCAACCCUCCGCUCCGACCAAAUGACGGUGAUCAUCAACGGUUACUCGGAGCACCGGAUUCCGCUGCUCCAGUCAAUUACAGCCGCGUACGCCGCCUCGCCGUCAGUCGCCGCCGUCGUCCUCCUCUGGUGCAACCCGUCCACCUCACACCAAACCCUCGCCCACCUCACGCAGAACCUCUCCGCCGCCGUACUCCGCGCUCCGUCCUCCAGCCUGAACCACCGGUUCCACCCUUGGGAGAUCAUCAAAACCAGAGGCGUCCUCAUCUGCGACGACGACGUCGAACCGGAUCCGAAUUCGGUCUCAUUCGCCUUCGCCGUCUGGAGAUCCGAUCCGGACCGGGCGGUCGGGUUCUUCGCCCGGUCGCACGCGUACGACGUCGCAUCGAAGACCUGGAUCUACACAAUGGAGAGGGGGAAGUACUCGAUCAUCCUCACCAAAUUCAUGAUCGUGAGCAUCAAACACCUCGAGAAAUACUCGUGCGACGAACAGUACGCGGAUGCUAGGAAAAUUGUGGAUGAGAUGAAUAAUUGCGAAGAUAUCCUGAUGAAUUUCGUCGUGGCGGAGGAGAAUCGGAAAGGUCCGGUGCUUGUAGGGGCGAAGGACGGCGGAGUGAGGGACUACGGGGAUGCUAGAAACGACGGCGUAUCGGAGGGAGUGAAGGAGGUGGGGUUGAGUAGCAGAAGAGGAGAGCACAGAAAGAGAAGAGGGAAUUGUAUAAGGGAAUUUCAUAGGGUUUUGGGGAAAAUGCCAUUGAAAUAUAGUUAUGGGAAAUUGGUGGAUGAUGUUGGGGAACAAGGGUUAUGCGAGAUGGGUGGGAAACUGGUGCUCUGUGACAACCAAGAUUUUAGGAAAGAAUGAAUAACCAAAGGGUGAGUCAAACUAAUACCCGCCAAAGAUGGAGCUCCUUCUACACAUCUGACUGGAAAAGGAAAGAACAGAGACAGAGAAAGAGAAAGAGGAUGUAUGUGUGCCUGUGAGA